AUGAUGACAAGGCAUGUCAUCACGUUGUCCUGCCAACGCACUAAAAAGCAACUUCUGCGUACCAGCAUACAGGACUAAAAAAUGAUAGAGGUCUACGCAAGACACCGCCCGUAAGUGAAGAGACUUAGCCCCUUCCCUGUCCUGCUCAUUAUGAGCCCUACCACGUUAAGCCAUCAGGGGCAAGGGAGACCCGCGCAGAAAGGGUAGCACCUUUAGCAACUCAUCCUUUGAUAUGAUUGAGGACGUACCGAAACGUGCCGAGCAUCAAUCACGUCAAACUGUUAGCCCUGCGCCUGACCCCCCAAAACGUUGUAUGCGCGUGGCACGGCUAUUCGGCUUUCUCUGACCAAAACAAAGUUUUUCCGCUCGUCCGGUUGACGACGCCAAACCUCGAUUUGACUUGGUAUUACACAGCGAGAGGAGAACGCGAAAUACUCGAUGCCAUCAACGAACUGGCUCUUGCGGUUCGGUACACACCUGCGAACAGGACAUACGCGUGUUAUUGUCGGUCAGUUUUUCAAUCGGCGGAGUCUAUCCCGUGAAACUCUAAAAAAUAUGGUAUUUUCCGGCCAAAUUCACAGCGGUGGCGAGGGUGUGGAGCUAUUGCGACAAUCGCCACCGACCGAAACAUAGCUACCGUUCUCACGGAGGUGACAAAAGAAACCGCUCCAGAAUCCGCUGCGCGGACGUCUCUCAGUACGAAUCCUAAGAUGGGGUAGUUUCGGGUGAUGCACGGGUCCAAAAAAAAUAUCCCGCUGCUGUCAAGCAAAAAAAAUCUGGUGCCCACAACCAGCCGAUUUGGUAGCGACGGGCGGAUCAAGGGCGCGGAGGCCCACUGCCGUCUACGCGGCGAGAACCUAGGGAGCGCGCUCUGGAGGGAGCACUGCUAGGAGAGAGGAUGCGAGGGGGUGGUCUGUCUCGGGUGUGGAAGCGGGGGCAAAGCAGGCGCGACGGUGGAAAAAAUUCAACUUGCUGUGUGGGAUUCGAUUUUUUCAUCAUCAUGCGUUUUUUUCUGCUCAUCAAGACUUUUGGGCGACAUUGCGUGACUCCACCACCGGCGCUGCACCGCAGCUCUUGCUACCGUUCCUGCGCCAUGAGUAGCAGUGCGUGCCCUUCCUUCCUUGCAGUGUCUCUUCAACCCCGUUUGGGAUUGGGAACGGUGGCGGCGGCUUCAGUGCUUUUUUUGUACCAUGUUGAAAAAUCAGAGACCCUACUUGCUGCUCUUUUCUCGUUGGGGGUGUUUGUUUUCCCGCUCAUCUCUGACAUUUGUACCGGGCGCAACGGCUCUGCCGCCGGCGCUACUGCAGCUCUUGCUACCGUUCCUGCACCAUGAGUAGCAGUGAUUGUCUUACUUUCCUCGCAACGCCUCUUCAACCCCAUAGAUGGGCGCGAAGGGCGGUGGCGGCUCAGUUCCUUUUUGGUACACGUUGAAAAAAUCAGAGACCCUGCCUGCUUCUUUUUCUCAUCGAGGUGGGGGGUUGUUUUUCCGCUCAUCUCUGACAUUUGUACCCGGGCGCAACGGCUCUGCCGCCGGCGCCACUGCAGCUAUUUUGCUACCGCUCCUGCACCAUGAGUAGCAGUGAUUGUCUUACUUUCCUCGCAACGCCUCUUCAACCCCAUAGAUGGGCGGGAAGGGCGGCGGCAGCUCAGUUCGUUUUUUGUAGCAUGUUGAAAACAUCAGAGACCCUACCUUACCCUACCUGCUCUUUUCUCAUCAUCGAUCGGUGUUUUUUUUCCGCUCUCAUCUCUGAAAUUUUUGUGCCCGGGCGCAACGGCUCUGCCGCCGGUGUUACGGCAGGUCAUGCGACCGUUUCGGCGCCAUGAGUAUCAAUGACUGCUCUUCUCUCUAUGCAAUGUCCCUGCGGCCCCACAGCCGGGUAGGAACGGGGGCGGUUGCAGCAAUCCCAUGUCGAUGUCAACUAAAAAAAUAACGAGACACACCACACCCGAUGUUCAGUCUUUUCGCUUGGCAAAACUGACGUGGCUACCAAAAAUGCGAGGAUUGAUUGGUCAGGAAAAAAAAGUUUCAGAA